UUGAGUUUGUUGUGUAAGGUUCUAUAAACAGUAGAUGAAAUAAUAGAAGGAAAAUAUGAAGCCUCUAGAAUGUAUAUUAGAAGAAAAAUGUGAAGAAAGCAUGGUACAAAUAAUAGAAUUCUUACAUGAAAUAAACAUGAAAAUUUAAAAUAAAAGAGAACCUAACAUCGAAAAACAUGAACAAACGGAAAUUUUGGCGAGAUGGACCAACCAUGGUCUCAGCCACUGUCAAAUGACACAAACAAAGGAAAGAAGAAAUAAUAGUUGUUUAAGUACCAAGAUUAGUUUUACAGUUAUUUCUUUGAGUAGUUGCAGUGAUAUACUUUUGUUUAUUAUUAUUAAUACACAAAUGUUAAAAUGGAUAGUAAAUUUUCAACACAAACAGAAGAUGGUCACGGGGUGAAUGUUUCUACAAACUUGUUGAACGGUUUUGGAACACAAUUUUUAACCGUGGCACCCCCACUAUUAAAUUGCGAUGAUGAACUUAUUUGGCUUGAUAUGACUAAUCCAGCUUUUCACAAACCUGUUUACAACAGUUUCAUCAUAGAAUCUAAAACUUUGGGUAAAGAUGUGAAGUAUCUGAUAAUGCAAUCUUUUAGACAAGCUUUAAGUAUACAGGAUCAAAAUGAUUUGCUGCGAGAACUGGAAAAAGAUCCCCAACUGGUAUACAAUGUUGGACUAACUCCCGAUAAGCUUCCAGAUUUGGUAGAGUAUAAUCCUCUUAUUGCUAUUGAAAUACUUCUAAAAUUGAUUCACUCUCCUGAAAUAACGGAGUACUUCAGUGUCCUUGUCAAUAUGGAAAUGUCGCUGCAUUCUAUGGAGGUGGUGAAUCGAUUGACCACGUCUGUCGAACUCCCAAGUGAAUUUGUGCACCUCUAUAUUAGCAACUGCAUCUCUUCGUGUGAAGCUAUCAAAGAUCGCUAUUUACAAAAUCGUCUUGUCCGACUGGUUUGCGUCUUUCUCCAAAGCCUCAUACGGAAUCGUAUCAUAGAGACUAGCGAGCUGUGCAUCGAACUCGAAGCAUUUUGCAUUGAGUUUAGUCGUAUACGAGAAGCUGCCGCUCUUUAUCGUCUUCUUAAACAACUUGAAUCCGACAACAGUGCGGCAAUUAAAAUUAAGUAAGGUUCGUGCUAUUAGCCGGAUGUAUAAAAAUGUGCACUCUGCUUGUCCUAUACGGAUUGACAGGAUGAGUAAACAAAUUCAUUCAUACAG